CAUUUGAUGAGAGGGCUGUUUGUGCCCCUGAACCAGAGAGAGAGAGGUGGUGGCAAAUAUCCAUGGGUACCACAUCCAUAACUCUAUCCCGACCACCAUCAACUUUCUCCCAUUUUCUCAGGCCAAACCAUUCUCAAUUCCUCAGAACAACCCAGAAACCAUCCUUCCCCUUAUCCUCCCCAACCACCACAACCAAACGGACCCUAAUUUUCAACACCCCAGAUGAUAAUCUCACCCAAAGAAGCACCCCAACUCGGCAAAUCAGUGCCACCUCUGCUGAAUCUGUGCCUGCAGAAGCCGCCGUCCCACUUGAGACUGCCCAGGAGAUAGUGGCCUCUAGUGACGAAGGAGUGUCUGUCGCCAUUUCUGCCCUUCUCUUCGUUGCCUUUGUUGGCCUGUCCAUUCUCACCAUUGGGGUGAUCUACCUAGGUGUGACAGAUUAUCUGCAGAAGAGGGAGAGAGAGAAACUAGAGAAGGAUGAGGCAGAUAACAAGAAGAAGGGUGGGAAGAAGAAGAGGGUGAGAGCAAGAGCUGGGCCUAAAGGAUUUGGCCAAAAGAUUACUAUUGAUGAAGAAGAUGAUGACUGAACUGCAAGUGCUCUGAUAUGUAUGAUUUUCAUUUUUUUUUUCCUAUAGUAAGUCUCAAAUUUGUAAGGGCGACCCCAAGCCAAUAGGGCUUCCCACUUUGCGAGGGUCGGGGGAGGGAGAGGGAGGGAGGGGGAAACGUCUCUCGUAUGCAGCCUUAUCCUUAUUUUGUAAAGAGGCGGUUUCAACGUCAGUCAUAAAGGAGCAACCUUUGGUUGCAUUAAGGCUUGCCCUCCAAAUUUGUAAGUUUAUGAAAUUUUCAGUUGUUUUGUUGCCGACUUUCUUGCAGUUAGAAAUAGUUUGAGUAAUGAGAAAAGAGGCAUUUAUAUUCCCAUGAA